CCUGGGGAAAAUUGUAAUAAAAUCGUUAAAACCUGUGCCUAUUGUAUGCCACGUCUGAACGUUCGUCAAUUGUGCCGAUAUCGAGAAGCAGUAGCCGUUUUUUUGCUCGGAAUAAAACUGACCCGCCAAAGGGUGUGCGCUUCUGUAGUACCUGCCACAGAGUAUCAGUGAGUCAAUAGCAUCAUCACCACUUCGGUCGGAAAAGUAUCGCGUAAUUCGGUUCAUUCGGAUAGUUCUUCACGGGUACAAGCUGUGUGGCUAACAGAAUGGCGGGUUCGUCGAGGGACGCUCAGCUCAACAAGGUCUGCUGUUAUUCACACCCCGAAGCGCCCCUAAUAGAAGACUAUCGGGCGGGUGAUAUGAUAUGCUCCGAGUGCGGGCUCGUCGUUGGUGACCGGGUAAUCGAUGUGGGUUCCGAGUGGCGUACGUUCAGCAACGAGAAGGCGGGCGUCGAUCCGUCCCGUGUCGGUGGUCCGGAAAACCCACUGCUAAGUGGCGGCGAUUUGUCCACCAUGAUAGGGCCCGGAACGGGUCCGGCAUCGUUCGAUGCGUUUGGAACGGCAAAAUAUCAGAACCGCCGAACGAUGAGCAGUUCCGAUCGGGCACUGAUCGCGGCCUUCAAGGAAAUCAGCACGAUGGCGGACCGGAUCAAUCUGCCGAAAACGAUCACGGAUCGGGCAAACAAUUUGUUCAAGCAAGUGCACGACGGCAAAAAUCUGAAGGGCCGAUCAAACGAUGCCAAAGCGUCCGCCUGUUUGUACAUCGCCUGCCGGCAGGAGGGAGUGCCCCGAACGUUCAAGGAAAUCUGUGCCGUCAGCAAAAUCAGCAAAAAGGAGAUCGGGCGCUGCUUCAAGCUCACACUCAAGGCACUCGCUACUUCGGUUGAUCUCAUCACCACCGCCGAUUUCAUGUCGCGGUUCUGCGCCAAUCUCGACCUCCCGAAUGUGGUGCAACGUGCUGCAACGCAUAUUGCACGCAAAGCCGUCGAAAUGGACAUCGUACCUGGUCGGUCGCCAAUCUCCGUGGCGGCCGCUGCUAUCUACAUGGCCUCGCAAGCUUCGGACAACAAGAAAACGCACAAGGAAAUUGGCGACAUUGCCGGCGUGGCUGACGUCACCAUCCGCCAGUCGUACCGGUUGAUGUACCCGCACGCGACAGAACUGUUCCCGGAGGACUUUAAUUUCUUCACCCCGAUCGACCAGUUGCCACCGGUGUAAGCGGCGGAACUGAUACACUGAUAUGCAAUACAAUCCUACCGGCAACUAGUCGGAUGACCAUGCACACUCCGAAGCGCCCGGGUUUUCUCCGAUCCGAUCGGAUGUGAUUAUGGUACACACUUUUAUCUAUACUAUACUAUCAUUUUCCCACGAUGUCGAACGAUACGAUUUUUGCCCCUUUCCUGCGUUCGUCACCACCCUCCCAUCACAACAAAUGUCGCAAACGGGAGUACAAACUUUUCCACAAACGAUUGAUUUAUUUAAUGAAGUAAGGUAAUGUACACGAGCUAUGCGGUGUAAAGUAACACAAUGGAUACGAAAACAUUCACGGGAAGCACACACUUGUCUGGUUGUUCGCGACCCGGCAGACGUCAUGCCGGACGUGUGAUUGACAAAAGACGGAUCGGGUCACACAUCGGGAUCGUCGUUUUGGGAGCGCAAAGGUUUGCGCCCUUCCGUGUUCCAUUCUCUCGUACAAAGAUCCACCGUUGGGUCUCCCGGGCGGGAAAGGGUGAUCGUUCGUCUAGCUUAAAUCGGCGCCAACUGGCGGCACCUGAUGCGAAGGAAAUGUAUUAUUUUUCAUUGGUCAUUUACUUCUCUAUGUAAGAUUUAUUUACUUAGUUGGAGAUGUUAACUUUAUUAUGUUUCACGCUAGUGUAGCACUCGCGCACCAAGCAAAAAA